UAACAAUUAAAAACAAAUUACAAGUAUGAAAGAAUAUACAGAGGGGCUGUUACGUUUUUCCCGGUGAAGGGAGUGUUCGUACGUAUAGUGUCAUUUUCAGCAUAAGCCCCCAUUAUGGACCACUGUUAGACCCGUGCAUGACAAUGGAGGUCAUAGCUACUUAGAUAGGCACGAUUUCUAGGUCAGAAUUGAACGGUGUCAUACCCACCGUAGUUGCCAAAACUGGCCAUACACAUCAGCAAAACCAGCAUAAAUUCCAUGUCUUGACAUUGCAGGAGAUGAACGCAUCAACUAACUAAAACUAAACGAUGGAGAUCCCUCUUCCUCUUCUCAUCCUUCUGCCGGCGGCCUUCGCUACCACUUUUGUACUACUCGCCUUCAUGCAGGGAGUUUCCCGACGAAGCAAAUAUAUGGGCCGAAAAGUGCCCCAAGCCGGCUUCGCUUGGCCGAUAAUCGGCCAUUUCCACCUCUUCGCCGCCAACAAACGGCCGACCCACAAAAUCCUGUCGGACAUGGCCGACAAAUACGGCCCGGUAUUCCGGCUGAGGCUCGGCGCGCGUGAAGUCGUGGUCGUGAGCGACUCCCAGACCGCCAAAGAAUGCUUCACCGUCAACGACGCGGCUCUCGCGGGCCGCCCCAAGUCCAUUUCCACCGAGCACCUCGGAUCCAACUACGCUAGCUUCGCACUCGCCCCGCCCGGUCAGCUUUGGCGGGAAGUCCGCAAGGUUGUCGUACUGGAGCUGCUGUCCAGCCGCCGUCUCGACGCGCUCCGGCGCGUCAGGCAAUCCGCGCUGAGAACGUUCUCCCAGGACAUCCACCGGAGCUGGCUGGCGGCCGACGACAGGAAAGACCAGUCCGGUGGGGCCGCUGUCAUGCUUGAGAUGAAGGAGUGGUGCUGGAAAUUAGUCGCCGCAAUUAUGUUCCAGGCACUCUUUGGGCAGCUGCACGAGGAAGAGUGGAGCCGGGCGGCGGAGACGGUGGAGAGAUUCUUUAACCUCAUGGGUGCGUCGGUGGUGGGUGAUUACCUGCCCUGGCUGAGAUGGAUAGACAUCGGAGGAUAUGAGAAGGCCAUGAAGAAGUCUGCCAAAGAGAUGGACGAUCUCAUGGAAGGUUUGCUUCAAGAACACAAGAAGGGAAAAAGUGAGAAACCAAAGGAGGAAGGAGAUUUCAUGGAUGCGUUGAUUUCCCACUUUGAUUGCAGCAAAGAAGUUGCAAAUGGUUUUGAUGCUGACACGGUUAUCAAAUCAACUUGCACGACACUGUUGGCAGCAGGUACAGAUACAACUGCAAAUUCACUGACAUGGGCUUUGUCUUUGAUUUUGAAUAAAGAGGAUGUGUUGGAAAAGAUCCGAGGUGAAUUGGACAAGCAUGUUGGGAGAGAAAGGCUAGUCAUUGACUCUGAUAUAAACAAUUUGACUUAUCUUCAAGCCGUAGUCAAAGAAACAUUGCGUUUGUAUCCACCAGGACCCCUCUUGAUACCCCAUGAGGCUCUACAAGAUUGCACAAUCAACAGCUACCGUAUCUUCAAGGGCACACGUUUAUUGAUAAAUGUUUCAAAGAUUCAUCGUGACUCGAGCUUUUGGAUGGAUCCCGACAUAUUCAAACCAGAGAGAUUCUUGACAAAACAACUCAAGGAAAUUGAUGUGAGAGGCAAACACUUUGAACUACUUCCCUUCGGAAGUGGAAGGAGAAUAUGUCCAGGGAUUUCUUUUGGGAUUGAAAGUGUGCAAUUAGGGUUGGCUAACAUUAUUCAGGGUUUUGAUGUGAGAAGACCUUCAAGUGACCUCAUUGACAUGUCCGAAGCUAUUGGACUAGGUUCCACAAAGGAGAUUCCCCUACAAGUUUUCAUCACUCCACGGUUGCCUUUUCAUCUCUAUCUUUGAAAUAGUUUCAUAAUCGACAGUAAAAUAAAAUUAAUGAAAUUACAAAAAAUGGAGUACAUCUAGUUUAGCAUGAGUAUUAAGUUUGUUUGUGAUUAGUACGAUGUAAAAUAAGUAUUUGCACGCAUGACAAUGUAAACUUUAUGCAUGUGUAAGU